CUCUUUGAGAACAAAUGAUGUUCAGUCCAUGCCAGUCCUUGUAUAUUGUAUAUAUCAGUAUAUUUACAUAUAUAUAUCUGUAGUUACUGGCAAAAACACGUGUCGUAUUUUGCGACAUGUAUCAAGUAAUAAUUGUUUACAAAGUAUAAUAUUUUUAUUAUUUUAAAAAGGAGUAGUUUCUAAAAUACACAUCACAAUGCCUGUAAUAAACAGAAUAGUAAAGCCAAAUACCCAUAGAGGUAAAAGAGCUAUUUUAAAGAAAGAACCAAAAUUGAUAGAAGGUGCUAAACAAACUCUGUGUUACAAAGGUAAAAACAGUUCUGCAAUAGUACUGGAUUUUAUGAAAGAUCUGUAUACUCUGAAGAAACCAGAUGCAUCAUUAUUGCAAAAGAAAAAUGAUGUACUACCAUUUGAAGAUGUAACACUACUUGAAAAAUUUGCUAUGAAGUAUAACGCUCCUCUCUUCAUGUUUGCUUUACAUAAUAAAAAACGUCCUCAUAAUCUUGUAUUGGGAAGAAUGUACGAGCAUACAUUAUUAGAUAUGGCAGAAUUUGGUGUAGAAAAUUAUAAAGGUUUAAAAGACUUUAAAAUUCCAAAAGUUUCAGAGGGAAUUAAACCUUUGUUAGUUUUUAAUGGAGAACUUUUUGAAAAUAAUCAUGAACUUAAUAGAAUUAAAAACCUCCUUGUGGAUAUGUUUCAAAGAGAGCCAGUUGAAAAGAUUAGAUUACAAGGUCUUGAGCAUGUUCUCAGUUUCACAGCUGUUGAGAAUAAAAUAAUGUUAAGAAGCUAUAGGAUACUUUUGAAAAAGUCUGACUGUAGAACACCAAGGAUCGAAUUGGAAGAAAUAGGACCAAGGGCAGAUUUAGUAUGUAGGCGUACUAAACUUGCUUCUGAAGAUCUCUUUAAACAAGCAUGCAAGAAGCCAAAAGAAUUGAAGGUUAAAAAGAAGAAGAAUGUCUCUACAGAUAAUCUUGGCACAACCUUUGGUCGUAUACAUGUCGGGGCACAAAAUCUUAAUAGCAUUCAAACAAGAAAGAUGAAAGGACUUAAGAAAACCAUGGCAGAAAAGAAAGCUGAAAUGAAACGAAAAAAUACAGAAAUUCAAGUCAGUGAUGACAGUUCAAAAAGGUCUAAGAAUACUACUGAUUCAGCCGAUUAAUAAUAUUAACGCAAAACCGUCCUUUAGAAUCAGCAUAAAAAAAAGUGAAGAUAUUACCUUGCAAUUGUACUACAUUCUAUGUGCCAUCCUGGUCUUCCCUUACCCCAUGGUGAUUUCCAAAAUGGUUCACCUUG